AUGAAAUUAUUAUUAACAUUAAUUUUAAUAAUUGUAAAUUAUUGUUGUUUCAUAAAUGCAAAUAAAUUAUUUGUAAAUUUUGUUGGAUCAUAUAGUUCAAAUACAUGCGAUGGUAAUCCAAGUGGAAUUGGUUUUUCUUUAGCUGUUGGCCAAUGUCUUCCAAUUGAAGGUGUUUUAUCAUAUGUUAUAAACGAUAUGCCACCAACUACCAAUUGGUUCAUUACAAUGGGCGGCAAUGGCAAUAGUUUCACACUCAAGCAAUAUGAUAGCCAAGAUCAAUGGUGCAAACAAGACCCAAUCAAUACACUCCAAUUCGAUAAUUUCGAUACUUGCGUAGAACAACCAGCUUUCAUCAAUGUUAAUAAUUCUCUUCUUGCCGAUACCCCUGUUGUUUAUUCCAAAUUAACUCUCUCCCAAAAUGUUCCAACCUACGCUCCAGACUCUGUGAUCAUUGGUCAAUACAAUACAAAUACUAAUGUUUGUACCUACAAUGAUCAACAAUUCGGUGUCUCUUACACCUCUGGUACUGUCAUCUAUAAUGAAAAUGGUAUUUCAAUUCAUGUCUUAUGUAAUCAAGUUAAUCAAUCAAUGAUGUUCAAAUGUAAAGAAAGUAAAUGCGGUGAAACCUUUAUUGACACUUAUUGUCAAAUGUCUGGUGAUGUUCAAAUUUAUUGUAACUCAAAUAAUUAA